UGCAGCUGGACGGAAAAGCACGGCUAGCAGGACACCUAAUUAAAUGCGGAGCAGCUGAGAAAAGCAACGUUUGGGCUUGUAAAUCUACACGUAGAAGUCAGGGAAGAGCGGGAGUUGCCCGUGUCCUUGAUGCUGCCAACAUUUUCCGAGGGAAGCGGUGGUUCUAUGCUGUGCAAGCCUGUGAGAGAAUGCAUUCACAUGGUCCCUUGUCCUCUGUGGGCUAAGGGAGCGCUUGAAGCGCAGCCAGAAGAGUUCCAAGGUGGAGGGCCCAGAGCCAGUGCCUGCGGAGGCCUCGCUGAGCGCCGAGCAGGGGACGAUGACGGAGGUGAAGGUGAAGACGGAACUGCCCGACGACUACAUCCAAGAGGUUAUCUGGCAGGGCGAGGCCAAGGAGGAGAAGAAGGCAGUCAGCAAAGAUGGGACAGGUGAUGUGCCUGCAGAGAUCUGCGUGGUGAUUGGCGGGGUCCGCAACCAACAAACCCUGGAUGGAAAAGCUCCCGAAGGCAGCCCCCACGGCGGAUCUGUGCGGAGCCGGUAUUCAGGGACCUGGAUUUUUGACCAAGCUUUGAGAUAUGCAUCUGGUUCCUAUGAAUGCGGGAUCUGUGGCAAAAAAUACAAGUAUUACAACUGCUUUCAGACCCACGUGCGGGCACACCGAGACACCGAAGCCACCUCAGGAGAGGGAGCCUCCCAGAGCAACAAUUUCAGGUACACAUGUGACAUCUGUGGAAAGAAAUACAAAUACUACAGCUGUUUCCAGGAGCACCGAGACCUGCACGCUGUGGAUGCUGUUGCCUCCCGCCUGGGCACAGUGUUCAGUGUGGAAGGGGCCCCCGAGAAUCGGGCAGACCCCUUUGACCAAGGUGUCGUGGCCACUGAUGAGGUGAAGGAGGAGCCUCCCGAGCCGUUCCAGAAAAUCGGACCAAAAACGGGCAAUUACACCUGUGAAUUCUGCGGGAAGCAGUACAAGUACUACACACCCUACCAGGAGCACGUGGCCUUACACGCCCCCAUCAGUACUGCCCCCGGGUGGGAGCCACCGGAAGAUCCAGACACGGGCUCUGAGUGUUCCCAUCCAGAGGUCACCCCGUCUCCACGCUUCGUGGCAGCGAAGACCCAGACGAACCAGUCGGGGAAAAAAGCUCCGGCCUCCGUGGUCCGAUGCACCACCCUCUUACACCGCACCCCUCCAGCCACCCAAACUCAGACGUUCCGCACUCCAAAUUCGGGAUCUCCAGCAAGCAAGGCAACUGCAGCAGAAAGCGCUUUCAGUCGGAGAGUAGAAAGCAAAGCACAAAACCACUUUGAAGAAACCAAUAGCAGCUCACAAAACUCCAGUGAAACUGCAAGUCCCCUGAUUUCCAAUCCUUUCCCUCUCCUGCAGAAACCCUACACCUGUGGCGCCUGUGGAAUCCAGUUCCAGUUCUAUAACAACUUAUUGGAGCACAUGCAGUCACAUGCAGCUGACAAUGAAAACAACAUUGCCUCCAACCAGUCCCGAUCUCCACCCGCUGCAGUGGAAGAGAAGUGGAAACCUCAGGCCCAGAGGAACAGCGCUAACAAUACCACAACUAGUGGUUUGACACCCAACAGCAUAAUCCCCGAGAAGGAGCGGCAGAACAUCGCAGAGCGACUGCUGCGGGUCAUGUGCGCAGACCUGGGUGCACUGAGCGUGGUCAGCGGGAAAGAGUUCCUCAAGUUGGCCCAAACAUUGGUAGACAGUGGUGCCCGCUAUGGGGCUUUCUCCGUCACUGAAAUCCUGGGAAACUUUAACACGCUAGCACUGAAGCACCUGCCACGCAUGUACAACCAGGUGAAGGUGAAGGUGACGUGUGCCCUGGGUAGCAAUGCCUGCCUGGGCAUUGGCGUCACCUGCCACUCGCAGAGUGUGGGCCCUGACUCCUGCUAUAUCCUGACAGCCUACCAGGCCGAGGGCAACCACAUUAAGAGCUAUGUGCUGGGUGUGAAGGGCGCAGACAUUCGAGACAGCGGGGACCUGGUUCACCACUGGGUGCAGAAUGUCCUGUCAGAGUUUGUGAUGUCAGAGAUCCGGACGGUGUACGUCACGGACUGCCGGGUGAGCGCAUCCGCCUUCUCUAAGGCUGGCAUGUGCCUUCGCUGCUCAGCCUGUGCCUUGAACUCAGUGGUGCAGAGCGUGCUGAGCAAGCGGACACUACAGGCCCGCAGCAUGCACGAGGUCAUCGAAUUGCUCAAUGUGUGCGAGGACCUGGCAGGCUCCACGGGGCUGGCCAAGGAGACCUUUGGGUCGCUGGAGGAGACAUCACCACCACCCUGCUGGGACUCAGUGACGGACUCGUUGCUACUGGUUCAUGAGCGCUACGAGCAGAUCUGCGAGUUCUACAGCCGUGCCAAGAAGAUGAACCUCAUCCAGAGCCUCAACAAGCACCUGCUGAGCAACCUGGCCGCCAUCCUGACCCCCGUGAAGCAGGCGGUCAUCGAGCUGAGCAAUGAGAGCCAGCCCACCCUGCAGCUCGUGCUGCCCACCUAUGUCCGACUGGAGAAGCUGUUCACGGCCAAGGCCAACGACGCAGGCACUGUCAGCAAACUGUGCCACCUCUUCCUGGAGGCACUCAAGGAGAACUUCAAGGUACACCCAGCCCACAAGGUGGCAAUGAUCUUGGAUCCACAGCAGAAGCUGCGACCAGUGCCCCCCUACCAGCAUGAAGAGAUCAUUAGCAAGGUGUGCGAGCUUAUCAACGAGGUCAAAGAGUCCUGGGCUGAGGAGGCUGACUUUGAACCUGCAGCCAAGAAGGCCCGCUCAGCCGCAGGCGAACACCCCACGGCUCAGGAAGAUGACCGGUUGGGCAAGAAUGAAGUAUAUGAUUACCUGCAAGAACCACUCUUCCAGGCCACCCCUGAUCUCUUCCAGUACUGGUCAUGCGUGACCCAAAAGCACACGAAACUGGCCAAGCUUGCCUUCUGGCUCCUGGCAGUUCCGGCUGUGGGGGCCCGAAGCGGGUGUGUAAAUAUGUGUGAACAAGCACUUCUGAUCAAAAGAAGGCGACUGCUCAGUCCAGAAGACAUGAACAAGCUCAUGUUUCUGAAAUCCAACAUGCUUUAAGAAUUUACUUUGAAAAAAAAAGAGAUAAAAACAAGUAAAUAAGACAAAAAGAAAAGAACAUUAGGGAAAAAACACAACACACAACACUGUCACAAACAAAGAAAAGAAAUUUAAGUUCUAAACACUGUGGAACCUCAUUGUAAAUGCCCCCCCUGGAAACUUAAGUGCUUUUUUUCAGUGUGUGUGUGCUUGUGUGUCCACACCCACACACGUGGCACCGCGUGUUCAAACACACAUGCCAUGGGUGUAGGGUGUGGGGAGGUUCCGUGCUCAUAUGCACAACUAGAGAAACUCUGCACAUGCAUGCACAUACACACUACCCUGGUGCAUGUAUGCGCGUCUGCUCAUGGGCGCGUGUUCAUUGAACUGGGUGUGUCAGGAAAGCCGAGCGACUGGGAAAGUGGGAUAAGUUUCACCUUUCUCGGGCAGGGGCUUUAAGGACUCCGUUUUUAGGUGUGCAGAUUGGGAGAAGCUGAUGUUGUGAAAGGCUCAGGUAACUGAGCUCCCAAGUGGCUUGACCUCCUGUCCCCCACCCCAGCCCUUCUUCUCCAUUCCUCUGUGCCCUCUACCCACGGUGCCCAUCCCCUGCCCCAGCUGCUCUGCCACAGAUUCUCCAAACUGCAUCAGACGGACAGUUUCUGCACUGGACUUUGUUUCUUGUUCACUUUCAGGGCAUUGAGCUGCUGCGCCGUGACCUCUCUGUUGGAUGUCCGGAGCAGCCGCCUUAGAAACACACCUAUCUCCCCAAAUCAGGAAAGGAGACUUUAAGAAUAUAAAGCUGACAUUUUGCUUUUUAAUAUAAGAGAGAAAAAAACAAGACUUUUUUUUUCAGAGUAUAGAUAACUGUCUCCACUCCAUUUUUUCCUCAACAUUUUAGCAAUUUUUACCUUUUUAGGGGGUUGAGUUUUUUUCACAUUUGAUUUAGACUCUGCUAGGAGGCACUGAAUGUCUAUGUCUGUAACUUAUGUUCUGAAGUUUUGUUUUAUUUGUUUGUUUGUUUGUUUGUUUGACUGACCCUUUCUGUCCCCAAGUCACACUGUAAACUAGCUCAUCUCAGUGGCGUUCAGGAUUCAGGUCAUGUCUGUGCCAUGUGGAGUCGGGGGUGGGGAGGAGUCAGGGUUCCUUGGCUGUGAGGCUUGGUGGAAGUUGUUCAGGCAGCAUGUGGCUUAGGGGUCCUGAAUGUCAGUGGGAAAGCCCUGCCUGUUACCCACAUGUAGUACCUGCGAAUGUCCACCUCCUGUACCCAGACUGCUUUGCACCCCCUCACCACACCCUGACCUCCAGAUCCACAGGGACUCAAGACUUGGUCCAUAUCUGCAUCUGCCAGACCCAUAGUCUCUCCCCAUCCCCAGGCCCCAGGGGGAUCAUAUCUCUCAGGGGUCCUCACAGGCACCUCAGACCUCCAGUCAUGCAGCAGUGGAGCACGGUACAUUGUUGGCUGAACAGUGGGCAUCCUGUGGGUGGGUGCACUCGACUCAAUGCUGUGAAAGGGGUCUUCAGGCCUCACUCCUGACCACCUUGGUCAGGAGCAAGUGUUUCUACAUACUGUCUAUAUGUUCUCUUCACAAAUGAAGUUCAGCCCUUGAUGCUCCCGCCUCUGUGAAUAAAGAACUUGGGGUCCCCGGGCCCUCCAGUGACCGCAGCUGUGGGCUAGGGAUGCUUAAUGCCUCAGGCUGAGAAUGAUCACCCUUGUGGGCCAUUUGCAAAAGCACCUCAGCCACCUGGGGCUUGGGUUCCCCCGACUGUCCAGUCAUAAAGCAUUACUCAACUGCGAGAUACCUCGACUACAAAAGCACUGUACCAUAACCCUCCCCUGGGGCCCCAGCAGGAGGGGAGUGAAGUUGGUUUAAGGACUCAGAGGAGACUUCUCCAGUCAUGUUUGCAGUUCUAGAACACUGUCCUCUUGAGCUAAGCCUGAACACUUGGCCUCACAAUAACUAAUCGAACUCUCCUGCAGUCUCAGACACACAGAUAGAUCAGAGUGGAUGGGCUGUGUCCACAUGCCCUCCAGCAAGCUACAGUCUCAGGAACCACCGUAUUGUCUCCACUUCUGAUGGAGUUCUAGGCAUUUCCAUCGUGAUGUCUUCAACUUGGGUCUCACCAUCAGAAGAGCCUCUGUCCACAGUGGAGAAAUGCAGACAGGAACAAACCCAAGAUCGCUCCUUGGAGAAUGUGGGAACGUCAUCAGGCUUCUCAGGGCAUUCCAGAAGGUGGGCUCUGGAAAGCUGAUGGUGGUACCUCCGGCCUUGUUCCGCUGCUGCCACAACCUGGCACCCGUAGCCACCCCAGAAGCUGGGUUCUUACUGCAGUUGGUAACAACGAAACCACGGCAUCCAUCCUGCCUUGCCCAGCAGCAGAGCUGGCCUGGGCUGCUAUUACCAGGCCAGUGAAUAGAAAACAGGCCAAGCCCAGAUGUGCAGUUUGAGCCCUAUACAUUCUUUUUAGAGCACAGGAUGUUUGCCCUCCAGACAGAAAAAGUUGUGUUAAACUCCAGGCACCUGGUCACAGGUUGCCACCUCCUGCCCAGUUCUUUUGCACCUCAAUUUGAUACUUAGGGCUUAGCUUGCCUCUGCAGGUUUAAUGUGAAUCCUACUACAUCCUCAGAAACCUGUCCCCUAAGCUGUCUCAUCCUCACAGAUUGUAAGGCAGCAGGCUGUCAAUCAUUUCUGUCUUGCAACCUCUGGUUCCCCUGGAAGCGAGUGUUAUCAACGGGAAAGGCUGUACUCGGUGCCCUCAUGUCUGCUCCCAUGCAGGCACUCCCCACGGUGUAAAUCUGCAACAAGCAGAUCAGUUAAAAACCCAAAGAUCUCCCGGGUCCAGCCGUAGGUACCAAUACAGCAAUAUCCACCUUACCAAAUUCUAGUUCAGCCAAAGCACUGAGACAGGCUCUUUGAGACCAUCUCCAGGGGCCUGACCUGGCCUUGACCUUUGGAAGGAUUUUUGUCAUCUGUCUUCCUAUGGCCUAUGUAGAUCUUUGCAUCACAUCUUUGGGGCUAGGGGAGCAGGGAGCUGGGCCGUUCUGUCCUGCUCUCACCACUAACUCAGAUACAGCUUGCCUUGAGCUGUGUGAUUCCCUGAAUGAAAAUAGCCUUUGCUUCAACAUCCAUGAACCAAAACAGAGAGGUGGAAAAAAAAUCACGUCUACUCAGCAGGAUUUUCCCCUUGUCUGGGGUCAUUUUCUUUCACCAACAAAGCUCAAGCCAAGCCCUGCAACAUCGAGGGCUACCUCAGAUUCGGAGUAGCCCAGGUCUCAGGUCUGUGAGGAGUGAUGGUGGAUGGAAACAGCUUGGUCCCAGCACCAUUCCUCUGAUCUCAGCACCCAAGUCCACCUGCCAGACCUCUCUUUCAUGGCACAUUCAGAAACCAGGAAGAAGGACAGGCCCUGCCUGAGCAGAACUCUGCACUUCAUCCCUGGGAGUUCCCAGCACAAGAAGCUACCAACUGCACAAGCGAGGUCACCACCAUCCCACUUGGUGGCUUCACCUUGGCUUUGUGAGGUUGGCCCUUGGAUGAGGGACAGGCACCUGUUUCCUGGAGAGAAGAGAAGGGCAGCUGGGGACAUUGAUGAAAAGUCAUGGGCCUCCAGGGUUCUAGGAAGGAUUCUGGACAUGGCUGUGGACUGGCCUGCACCCUCUCUUCAGUUUCAGAUUUUAUAGCCUGCACUUUGAAGAAACAGAAUUCUACAAGGCGUGUUUUCCACUGUGAAGCCAAAUCUCUGCCUUAGGAGCUCCCUGUUCUUAAGCAAGGCCUCUUAUUCCCCUGGCCUUGGGCUUGAGAUAGGGACACCUGGGGAGAGUCCUCAUACUCUGAGGACACAGUGUCAGCAGGCAGCUCAGGGGAGGCUGGGAUGUAGAUGGAGAAGGGAGGCCCUGUGAGUCACCAUCCAGAUCUCAUGUCAUACACAGAGGGCAACCUCUUCCACCCCGCAAGCUUUGCCAAGCCCCCAGCAUCCCCUGGCCUUGGGAACAGUAUGACAGCACUGUGUCCAGCUCGUACCUAGAGGAAGGCUCCUAGUAGGCAUAACUAAGAGACUUGAGGCUCAGGCGACAUGCUGGGGGCCAUGCACAGGAGCUCCUGUCCCCAAGGCAGCGGGAGAACUGGCACAGAGGUUGCCCCUCCCCUUCACUGUGGCUAAUGUUUGCUAGGCCAGUUAUGGUGAACCAAUGAUACAGUGUUUCCCACUUAUGUUUCCCUCCUAGUCUCCCUUUGCAGGGUUUUCAGGGGAAUUUUGUUGCUGUAGUUGUUUUAGGGUUUUUUUUUCCCCCCCUCUCUCAUUUGGAUCUGAGGAUAGUGGUCUGGAGAGACCUGACUUUGACCAAGGUUGCUAAGCGGGUAUGAGGCUGCUCUUGGAGGAGGGUGUCACAUUCAAGGUUCCACUCUGUACUGGAAAUUCCCUAAGCUUACAGUUGGGCAUUAGCAUCAUGACCCCCAAGGGUCCUACCCACCCAAACAUCCCACUGGAUACCUUGAGUCUUUGAACCAAAGUUCCUUAAAGGGGCACAGCCUGGCCUUGUCUGCAACCUCAGGGGCCUGGAUUCCUGUGACGCCUCCUAAAUUCCCAUGGAACAGCCUGAAUUCUCUGUUGGCACAGGCCAGGGAGUCCAAGGCCAGCUAGAAGGAGGGCUCCUCCCACAAACCAGGUGCCAAUAGACUCUCCUAGGACCCUUUCCCCAACCAGCCAGAGUGGAUGGCUUCCCAACCAGGGCUUGAGCUCCUGGCCAACCAGGAAAGAGUGAGAGCCCUGCAGGAGAGUCCUUUAGACCCCAAGCAUCAGGAAACCUUUUUGUACAACAACCCCAUGCAGAGAUAUUUUUUAAGAGGCAUAAAUUAUUUUCAGUUGUUUUCUGAUCCUGCCUUUUUCUUUUCCCCACAACUUCACAUCGGUGAUCCUUUCACAUCAGGUAAAUCUUGAGAAAGCCUUGGUGCCCCAUCCCUCCCACUCUCCUACUCAGUGACCAUGUGCGUGCGCCCCCAUUCUUUCUCAGUAGUAAAGACAUUCUAGGCAAUACCAUGGACACAUCUGUGUCUUGCUUCAAGUGCAAGAAACUCAAGUCAUCUUAAAAAAAAUUAAAAACACAAAAAAAAUUUACAAAAAAGCAAACACACAAAAAAAUAUCUUUUUUAGGCCAGAGUUUUCUACAGGUAUUAAUGAAUAUUUUUCUUAAUCCUUAUAAGUUUUAUGUGUUUAAUAUUUCUUAAUACCGGUAGCAUUAAUUUAUACUUUUGUAGCAACACAAUAUUUUUAUAAACAGCCAGUGCUUGGCUCAAGUCUUCACGGGGGUUUAUGCAGGGCCAUCUUAGGGACCCUGUGUACCAUGUACUGUAUUUAAAAAAAAAAGUUACCUAGUGUCACUCUUGCUGUGUUAAUUAACAAAGACGUUGUUGGCGGUCUCCUGUGUUGUUGGUAUGGAUCCAACCAUCCUCCAAGGAGGCACAUUGCAUGGGGUUGAGUUGACGAUUCUUGUGAUACAUAAACCCCCAAGGCCAAACUUGAGGGUUUAUUUAGGGAUUUCUGUGUGUCUUUUGGGUUUUUUUGUUUUGUUUUUCUUUGGUUUGGGUACCGUUUUGCUGUUUUACAGCCAAAUCAAUUUCAUGAUGUUUAAAAAUUGUACUGAUGUCAAAUGGAGGAAAGGAACAGAAAAUUUAAAAAAAAAAGAUUUUUACAAAAGUAAUAAAAUUUAAAACUGAGCUGUUUAAAUGUUGCUGUUUUUACCUGUCUGUUCUUGUCCAAAAGUGGAACAUUCCCAAGGAGACGAGGAAGGUUCCAUCAGGUUCCUCAAAUCACCAAAAGCCCCAGCCAAGGUUCAGUACCUAACCCCUCCCCAGCCAUUUCCCAGUUGGUUGAUGCCAAGGCAAAGAGACAUAAUUAACAACUAGAGGAUCAGUCGCCUAAGCGAGUUCAUGAGUUCAUGUCAGUGUUGUAUUUAUGGUUUUACAAUAAAAUGACCUUUAGG